GCGGCCGGCGGCUCCGGCACCACCACAUCAUACAACAACUUCCCCAGACCCUCCUACCUCGAGGGCUCCAGCUACCUGGCGAGGCUCGAGCAACAGGCCCGGCAAAAGGCACUUCUGCAUAGCAGGGAGCCCAACGGCUCACAGGCGGCCAACGGGGCCGGCAAGAAUUCAGCGUCGCAGUCGUACCACAUGGGCAUUGCCAGGGACGUGGUGGAGCGUACACCCGCACACGAGCAAGAGGAGGACGCGAUAGGCCCGCUGCCCACAAAGUGGGGCACAAGUAAGGAGGAAAAGGCAUCGGGCCUGGAGUUGCUGUCGGACGACCUGGAGGUCAAGUGCACCGCGAGGAACCCCAACGAGAGGGAGCACGAGGCCUAUGCUGUCCGCGCCGAUCACCCCAUGCCCGUGCAGUGUGGACUGUAUUACUUCGAGGUCACGAUAUUGUCUAGAAAACACACCGACACCACCAUUGCCAUCGGCUUUUCCAGCAAGUCCGUCUCGCUGAACCGAGCUCCCGGCUGGGAGUCCGAGUCGUGGGGCUACCAUGGUGACGAUGGCCACGUCUUUGCCUCACAGAAUGUGGGCAGGAACUAUGGUCCGUUAUUCUCGGGCGGCGACACGAUAGGCUGUGGUGUCAACUUCAGGACAAAUUCGGCCUUCUUCACCAAGAACGGUCAUUUGAUAGGCCCUGCUUUCAAGGAAGUCAAGGGGAAGCUGUAUCCCUCGGUUGGACUGAAAAAGACGGGCGAACACGUCCGUGUCAACUUUGGACAAACACGGUUUGUUUUUGAUAUCGAUUCCCACAUGAAGGCAUCGGACACUAGCAAACUUGCGCCGCCACUCAACGAGACGGAUCUGAUCCAGCAGCUGGUUCUUCAAUUUUUGCAACAUGACGGCUACGUCGAGACGGCGAGAGCUUUCGCCCAAGAAAUACAAACCGAGAAGCAGUCACUGUGUUUAGACCCCAACGUUCAGGUGCCCGGCAUCGAUAUCAAAGAUGAUGAGGAUGCCAACAACCGGCAAAGGAUCCGGCGGGCGAUUCUAGAGGGCGAUAUUGACAAGGCGCUUAAGCACACCAACGCAUAUUAUCCCCAAGUGCUACAGGAAAAUGAACAAGUUUACUUUCGUCUCCGGUGCCGAAAGUUCAUCGAGAUGAUCCGGCGAGAGGCUGAGAUGAAUCUGGUCGGCGGCGAAAGGCGCAGCCAAAAUGGACACAACCACCCGCCACAAGGCGAGGAGAUGGAGCUGGACGACGACGACAAUGACGUGAGAGACUCUAGCGGCCAAAGGGGUUCCGACGGCGCCGGCGACCUUACGCAGGUUGCUCUGCUGUACGGCCAGUCCCUCCAGGCUGAGUACGCCGGCGAUAAGCGGAAGGAGGUGCAGCAGGCUCUGGAGGACAUCUUCAGCUUGAUGGCAUAUCCAAACCCUCUGAAGGAAUCCAAGGUUGCGCAUCUGCUGGACCGUAAGGGUCGUGUGGCAGUUGCGGAGGAACUGAACUCUGUGAUAUUACAAUCCCUGGGCAAGUCCUCACGUGCGGCCAUCGAGAAUGUCUACGCGCAGACAAGCGUGCUCCUCGAUGACCUAGCAGAGAAUGGUGGCCCCGGUGCCUUCGUCACCAUGAAGAGCAUCAUUGACGAGGUC